AUGGCAUUUUCUUGGCAAGAAGAGAUGGUCUCUUGUGUAGAAAAUUUGCUUGCCCAUGUAACUCCAGGCUUGUGCAGGGCCCACCAUCUCAGGCCCUGUGGAAACCCAAGUCUGCUCUCAACCCCUCGGGGCUGUGGAAGCUCCAUCACUCAGGGCUGGGGUGCAAGCCUGGCAUCGGGAGAUCCUCUUGCCCUGACUUCAGUUUUGCCUGUGACCCACUCUGGGUCAGGCACUUCCCUUCUGUGCACCUAUGUCUGGAAAAUGAAAGGCCCCACUCUAGUUCUCCUUACACCUUCCAAAAGCAGUGCAGAUGGAGUCCCCUUCACCUGUACCCAGUGUCCAAGUGUCAAAUGGUAA